AUGGGCUGUCGAAUCGUCGGCUUAAGAGAAAAGCCCCCGAGUGUUCCUCCUCCCGAACCCGAGCCAGAACCAGAAAAUUUGCACGAAAAGUACAUCGACCAUUGCUUCGAGUGUCUCCGCCAGGUACGACUGGUGAAGCAGGUUAUUGUGAUAAGCGAAAACGGACAUCCUGUUCGCAGUACGAUCAACGACGAGACCGAAACGAUCACGACUGCCGGGUUGUAUGCUAGUUUGAAAGAUAAGGCUUGCUAUUACUUGAAAAUGAUCGAUCCCGAGGACGACUUUCUCAUGUUGCGGAUUAAAACACGCAACAAUGAAGCCAUCAUCAGCACCGAUCCUAAUCAUGGUUUGCUGCACAUCGCUGUGCAAGUUCCAGAGUGA